AUGUCGUCUGCCCUUCAAGAAUAUCAUUCCUAUGAUAAAAUCUUGGAAAUGAUUCUCGAAUCAAACACCAACAAUCCAGAGAUUGUUCUCAAUGAGUUCAAUCUAAUUCUAAUCAACAACUUUGGUCGACUCUACUUCGGUCUUCAAAUGAUCUUCUCACUUUGUCUCAUCUGGUCUUCUCGCUUCGAGUUCCUUUAUAUGCCUGUUUUCAUCUACGCAGUAUUGCUUGUCAAUACUUUGAGCUCAUUCAUCGAUCAACUUCUCCCUGCAUUUUUCGAACAUCAUCAACAUGCGAUUCAAUUCAGAUUGAUGAUCUUCAUCUUCAGAUACUUCUUUCUUAUCGUCCAACUCUUCUAUCUUUUCAUGGGAAAAUUGUAAGUUUAUUGAUACUUACUUAAUUAGAAAUUCAAUAAGAUAUUUCAGCCCAGCUCCAACAAACACCCAACUUGAGAACCGCUACAAUUAUCUCAAAUGCAUUCUUCUCCAAUUGAUCUACCCAAUGAUGUCUCUCUUGGUUAUCUGUUCCUACAUGUUCCAAACUUCGGUUAACAUGUGAGUUUAGCAAAAAAUAAGACAAUCGAGCAUAUCUAUUAUUUAAGCCCAACAGCCGACUGCAUCAUGCUCUUCUUGAAUGUCACUCCACUCAUCGAUCUUUUGAUCACUUGCUUCGUUCUUCGUGGUGUUUUCUUCCGUCGUGUUUUGUACCGCAGAGUUAGCUGCCAAUGUGUUCCAGUUGUUGAUGACACCCAAACUGUUGUCAACAAAAUCGCAAGAUCCACCAUCUCAACAUCGGCUACAAUUGCAUCGGUUAAUCUCUAA